UUUGCUUUCGAAUCUUGUAUCCGUUUUAUUGAAAAAAAAGCUCAUGAGAGCAAACAUCAUGGUGGACAAAUAUCUUAUUGGAUUGAUCUUCAAACAAUAAUACAAACUCAACAAAUCAAAGCUCCAACACUGACAGUUAUCAAUGAAAUCAAAUGGCUAGAUGGUCGGCUUGGUCCGUAUCAGGCUGUUAUUAGUGAACAGCUGGCAAUUCAUAUAUUUGAUCUUGAUUUAUGUAGUCUCUAUCUACGAUUCAAAGCUUUCUUCGUGAUAUAUCAUACAACAACUGCAUCGACAAUAUCCAACUUAAAAAAUGUUUCAUUUACAGAACAAGGUUCUAAUACUCAACAACGUACAGCAUCAACAAUUACAGUAUAUAGUGAACGUUCAGCUACAACCAAUAAUGAAAAUGUUCCAGGUGGAGUAUCACCAACAUCAUUAGGUGAAUAUUGCUUAUCAACAUCUAAUAUUAUACAUGAGUCGAAGAAAAAUGGUGAUAAGAACAUGUCAAAUCUGAAGCACAAACGACGUAAACAUUCUCACGAUGAAACAUUAUCAACGACAUUGUUACACCUAUCUGACAAUACAGAUCGUGAAUCCAAUGACAGUGAAAGUGAACUACCCGUUAAUGAUGAAUCUCGUGGUCAUACAAAUCAAUUAUCAACAACUGCGACACCUACAUUUGCUGGUCAUUGUGUCGUAGAAAACAAUAAGAAGUCUAAGAAGAAACCAGCCAAAUCAUCAUCUUCAGGUGUGCAGCAACUAUUGGCUUUCAUGACUAAACUUGAGUCUCAAUAUUUGAGACCUCUUCUUGUUGAACAAGAACGGAUCGAAGCAAUAACAAAAUGCUUGUCUGAUAAUAAAAAAAAGAUUCAAAACGUCUUAAGGAAACAAAAGAUGAACAUUGCAUUACUUGAAGUGGAUGACAAAGAUGAAUCGACCAACAAUCAAACUUUUCUAUCUUCUCUGGAACACAAAUUACCUGAUGGUAUUGUUAUUGAUUUACUUCAAAAAAAUGGCAUUAAAGAACAUGCUAAUCGUUAUGUAACAUCUCUCAUGGAUGUACUUUUUAAGCCCGAAGAAUUAUUGGUUAUGGAAACAAAAGAUAUACCAAAAGAUGAACGAUAUAUUAUGCUGAAAGGUUUGUAA